AUGGUGGACCUUUCGUAUUACGUUCUACAGCCUUUAAUCUCUAGUAUCAAGACAGGAAACAUUUGGCAUGAUUGUUUAAUCAUUAUGCUCAGUGUAUUUUGUUUAACAUUUAUCAGUAAAAUGUGUACAUCUGUAAUGGAAUCAUGGCAAUCGUUCAUUACAUCCAUUAGUUGGCGUCGGAUCAAAGCUCGAUAUUCGAUAGAUAUUUCCACUACUUCGUCUGAUAUUUUUGAUACUCGAAUAGAGGUUCCCGAAGAAUAUUUGGGUCUUAUUCAUUACCUUCACUCAUCGGAUAUCAACAUAUGUUCUGCGAAACUAAUUCCUACUUACACCAACAGGUAUAAGACAAAAAGUGAUACAUCUCUAGACGAACUAGUCAACUACUUGAUCACAUCGACUGGCAAAGAAGAUAUUCUAAUUGCUCCGACUAUUUAUCUUCAUAUCGAAAAAGAAAACCCGUCAACUACAAACACAUAUUCAUAUCGCAUUCCUUCGCAGAAGUAUACGAUUACUCUAUAUUCAUAUAAACUAACGUUAAGACAACUGAAGACACAAGUGAACGAAUGGACUGUGCAAUAUCGCGAGUAUAUUAAAGGCAAAAAUAAAGGAAACUUCUAUCGAUUUACGUUCGUGUCGGCACCUGUAAAUUCAGAAGGAAAAACUACUAUUACAUUUUAUAAGGAUCUUUUCGUCACAACGAAAUCGUUCGAUAAUAUUUUCUUUAACGGCAAAGAAGAAUUAAUCAAACGCUUAGACUUUUUUCUUAAUAAUCCCAGUUUUUAUCAAAAGCGUGGUAUUGCACAUUCACUUGGCCUGCUCUUCUACGGUUCACCUGGUUGUGGUAAAACAUCUAUGGUUAAAGCCAUAGCUGCUUAUACAAAGCGUCAUCUCGUUGAAAUUCCACUCUCACGUAUUCGCACAUGUGCUGAACUUCAACAAGCUUUGUUCUUGAAUUCAUACGACAUGGUCGACUUGGAUUUCGAUAAAAAAAUCAUCAUUUUCGAAGAUAUCGACUGCAUGUCGCAAAUCGUUCAACAGCGAUUGAUACCGGGAUCUAUAUGUCCAACAACGUCGGAUGUCGAAGUACCAUCGAUCGAAAAAGAUGAUAUUAUUUUUCAUCUCGAAGAUAGCGAUAUCAAAGCGAGAAAAAAGAAAAUAUCCAAACAAACAUUGAGAAAUAUGUUAGGUGAUACUCCAAACGCUCCGAAAGAUCCGUUAACGCUGUCAUUUCUUUUGAAUCUGAUCGACGGAAUUAUUGAACAACCAUCGCGUAUACUAAUCAUGACUACGAAUCAUCCUGAACAAAUCGAUCCUGCUCUUCUUCGACCAGGCCGCGUCGAUAUUAAACAAGAAUUUAAACGAUGUACGAAACCGAUCGUGAAAACAAUCAUCGAAUACUUCUUCGAGGAAGAAAACGAUAUUGAUGUCUCUCAAUUGGCUGAUUCUGUUCAUUCGCCAGCUGAAGUCAUUGCAGCAUGUAUGUCGUCAUCAGAUGGAAAAAAUGCUGUGCAAUUGCUGUCGGAACAAGCAUUACCCAAUGUCAUUGUCGAGGCACGAAACUUCACCGGAUCGGACAAAGAAUAA